AUGGUAGGCAGCAGAGAUACAAACCCAAUGGAGCAUGAAGGCAAGCGAAAGAACUUGAACGGAAAACCAGAGAAGUAUUCGGAUCACAAACAGGAAAUGAGGAAAAAUAAGCAUGUUCAUCAAGAAAUGGACGACGCUACGGAAGGUAACGAUGAAAGCUCAAGAAAACGACCUAAAAGAUCGGCAGAAUCGGAUAUCAAGGCAAUGGAAGAAGCAACCGAGACUGAUCGUGAAGCUGCUCAGUACGCUCAUCAGAAAGGCAGCAGGCCAAAG